CCAUAGCCAGGCUACUUAAAAGGCCUCGCGUGUCUUUCUUCCAGAGGUUUUUGCAGAGCAUCUCGAGCCAGCGCCAUCGCCAAGCAAGCUCCCUCUUUUCUUUUCUCUCGCUUUCGUGUUGUUUGUCUUCUUGCUGUUUGGAUUCUUUAUGCCGUUCUGCCGCUGCCUCGAUUGCUGCUGCUGCUGCUGCCUCCUUAGCUCCUUCUCUCCAGGAAUUCAAGCUCGGAAUCCUGCAUUGGAGGUGGAGGAGGCUCGGUCACAUCUGAUCGCAAGAAAACAUGUCGCAGAUGAUGCACAAACACUCCCGAGUGCCACCAGGCUUCCGAUUCCAUCCGACUGACGAGGAACUCGUCGGCUACUACCUGCACAAGAAAGUCUCCUGCAGAAGAAUCGAUCUGGAUGUCAUUCGCGAAAUUGAUCUGUAUAAGAUGGAGCCUUGGGACUUACAAGAGAAAUGUAGGAUUGGAUCAGCAGAGCAAACCGAGUGGUACUUUUUCAGCCACAAGGACAAGAAGUACCCCACAGGAACACGAACCAACAGAGCAACCACGGCUGGUUUCUGGAAGGCGACCGGGCGGGACAAAACCAUCCACACCAAGUACAACUUCGUCGGCAUGAGGAAGACGCUGGUGUUCUACAAGGGACGAGCUCCAAACGGCCAGAAAACCGACUGGAUAAUGCACGAGUACCGCCUCGAGGACGAGCAAAGCAGCAUCACUAACAGUCCUCAGGACCAGGAUGGCUGGGUGGUAUGCCGAGUUUUCAAGAAGAAGGUGAACCUCAAAGGCCAAAAGUCCGAUUCCAGUCCUGGAUACGAAGAUCAAUCCACAUUGCUUCAAGAGAUGAGCUUACCACCGCACGGUUUCGGGAUGAUCCGAGAGAACCAGCACCAAAAGCAGCAGCACCAGCAGCAGCAAUUCUCUUGCAAGCAAGAGUUUGAGAGAAUCGACGAGUUCCCGAGCUACAACGAUCCAUUCUCCCGGCUUCCACAGCUCGAGAGCCCGUCCACCUUCAGCAUGAAGAACUCCUUCACUGCAGACAGUAGCAACAACAUCAUCAUGAGGAACAACUAUCCUCCACCAGCGUUCUCUCUCGAGGCAAUCGAGUUUGAUUCUACUGCCAAGCUCCACGAAGCCGAAGAACAGCCAUCUAUCCUCAUCCAGGCCGAGCAGCUCACGGACUGGAGAACCGUGGACAAGCUCGCGGCCGCGCAGCUCAGCCAGGAUCAAGGCGUCAAGGAGACGAGGUACCUCGAGAGCAAUGAUGACUACUCUGGAGAAGUAGCACUGCUGUUGCGAUUGAGCAAGCAGGACAUCGAUCGCUCCAGCAGCGAUGGAGAGCUCUGGAGCUUCCGAGACACCAACAGUCUCUAGAAAAUCGAAGGGAAAAAAGAAUGAACAAAUGAAUCUAGUAGCUCAUAGAGG